UAUCUAUCUAUCUGUCUGUCCGUCUGUCUAUCUAACAAUCCCUAUACACACACACAUAUACAUAGAUACCUACCUACAUACAUACGUAUACGUGUCAUAUGUAUAAAUAUAUCAUGUACAUACAUGCUUGCAAGCAUACAUUCAUACAUGCAUAAUUACCUUCAAUCUCCAUAUAUAAAUAUACAUAUAAAAUACAUUAAACAGCAUUUACUCAUACACCUCGACUUAUAUAUGCACAUUCGUACAUAUAAUACAUUUUGACUCAUCCGGCACUGUAAAAUGAAAUCAACGAAAAACAGACAUACAUGGAAACUAUCCCUACCUUUAUGUAUCAUAUAUACACAUAUAAUUGAGCAAUGUUUAGUAAUACAGUUAUAUAAGUGAAUAUCUACAGAUGCAGACACAUGAAUACAUGUCUAGCUUUUAAUUGGGAAACGGUAUCAGGUUUACCAACCUACAUGCAAUUUCACAAUGGAGUUUGAAAGUGUGUUGACCACCAUUUUAACAAAAGAGAACGAUUGUGAAAUUUCUAGGUCUUCGGAAUCACUCUUGAAUUAUUUACACCAGGAUAGAAGCUUAACGACUACAAAGAUUUUAACUCAUCCAGGUUCAGAGGAUUUGUUGUCACGCUUAAUAAAAUUGCUGUCAUCAACGGAUAUCAGAACAUCUGGAAAUGCAGCAUAUAUUCUUGGAAUUUUGGCAGAAACUGAACAAGGAUUUGAAAGAAUUUAUUCCAUUGGAAAUAAAACGUCUUCCUUAGAAUCGGUCAACAGUUGCGCAACUACUUUGAUGUUGGAUUCUUUGGUCAGCCUACUUGCGUCAAGUGAUCCUGAGAAUGUAAUGAACGCUUCAGGCACUUUAGGAACUUUGGCAGAAUCUCAAAGAGGUCGUGACUGGAUGCUCGAAUCCCGGUGUAUUAGUUCCAUGAUCGACACUGUGACGUCACUGCUUACGUCAGAGAAUUUGUGGACAUCAAGCAAUUGUGCUCUUAUAUUAGCUCGGUGA